AUGCCAUUUACGACUGGCGUCUGUUCUCAUACCCUCUGUGAAACUUGUUGCAGUCCUUCAAAACAACCAAAGAAGACCGGUGGUGUUUGUCCCGUUUGCAAAGUCCCAAUCAGGCCAUGUGAUGUGAAACCGCACCCUCAACUCUCCUCCCUUGUAGUGGUUACUCGGAGGCUGGCGAAGCUUUUGCGUCGUCCUUUCGAUGCGGAUCAGCUUGAUGCCGACUUUAUAGAUCAGAGCCCCAGACCCCAAAGCAGGACUCCAUUAAAAGGUAACAUCUGGUACAUUGUUUAACACAUCUUUUUUCCUAUCGAAAAUGAUUCCUCGUUCCGGAACAACUAAUACCACAAAAGUCUCUCUGGUUUCUGUUGGGCUGCACUUUCUCCACCUUUAGGCUCUGGUUUUUGUAGAGUCAGUGUAUUGCACUGUUCAUUAUGUUAGCCUUCAAGGGGAUGUUAAGAAGGGUAUCCGCAUCCGCACAAACCUAAUUGUCAGGGAACAAGCAUGCAGCCCAUUAGCGCCUUGCUAGACAACCCGUUACCUCGGAGCAACCAUGCCAUUGUCAACCGAGGUGCGAUCGUUUUUCACGCAUAUGAGUACUGAAGGCGAACUCAACACUCUGUUUAAUCAUACACUAACGAUUUUUGUUGUAGUUUGCCCGCCUCUUGUCCUUGCCGCACUUUUAUUAGCAAGUACGGUGGCAACUCUCUCCAAAUAUUUUCCUAUUAACUAACUUGCCUGAGGUUCUUAUCACCUGGCAUGGUAUUUCCGUAUUUUGAAAUUUUUGCAUCAUCACCAAGUCUGUCUUUCACAUUUUCCCAGUCCCUCAAGCGAUUCCGAAUUGUUUUUUACCCGGUCCAGUAUUCACGCUCCUCUCCCUCUGUAGAUAACUGAGGCCCAAUUCUGCCUUUAGAUAACUUGGACUUUCUAAAUUCGGACACUUACUGUCGAGUCGACAGCCCAUCACCGUCUCCAGAAUCGUCGAACAACCUAGAAUCAACCAGUCCUAAGCAUAUUCUUGCUGUUUCCCCCGUAGCAUGCUCCAUUCAGGCAGAGCCAGAGUAAGUUUAUAGCAACUUUUAUAAGAAAAGAGCAGCUGGCAAAUGAUUUAGUUGCAAAAUUUUAACAGUGUCGUAUGAUCUCUCACUCCCAAGACCAACCGUUUUGCUAAGGCCGUCUGACAGAGCGGAGGCGGAUUUGGCCGGGGCGCAGGCCGCCGGCCUUUGCAGUCCAUCCCCAGCCAAAGCUACGGUGACACCUCCCUCGCGCACUCGUCGUCCCGCUCGGCGAAAACUAGGAGAUUCCGCCGACUCACGCGCCUCCCCAGAACAGUCUUUUGUAAGUCGGCCCAUUUUAGCAAUGCACUUUUUUGAUUUCAGAGCCCAGCAAGUGUUUGUUCAUGGAGGUAUACUUAACUGUCGGGCCAUCUUUGGGCUGUUGAGCAGUCAGGUAAGAUUCAUUGGUCACAGUUCGGACGAGCGGCUUUUGGUUUCAAAAUGGAUGUUUAAAGCUCUCGCUACAGGAAAGGGUAGGGACAACACCCAUCAUCGGCCCUUGGGCUUGUCUAAUUCCGCGGACUAGUUACUAUUUAGAAACUGUUAGUUUAGUUCAGAUAUACGAAGGUGGAAGCUCCGGGGCCGUAAUUUUUAGAAAGUGAGCCUAUUAACCGGGACAAAUCUGUCGUAUUGCUGACGUUUCCGAGAGCUUGGUCGGCUCUUCGUUUCGAAAACGUUUAAUGCCCAACAUCGACCAGCACUUUUAAUGACUGUUCGACUUAAUCGACCUUGAAUUGACCAAUUUCUUCCUUCUUUCGCUCCCCCAGCCUAUCAGCAGAUGUUUGUGGGGAUUGAUGGCUGCUUGCAUUAUACGUCGUCACCUCGAUAGACUGUGCCUGGAACUCUCCUUCCCCCUCGGAUGAGUUCGUCGGGGGGUCGUGUCUACUCGAUUUAAGUCCGAUGUGGCCAUCUUGUUUUGGUCUUCAUGCAGGUAAUGACGCAGGUGCCUGAUUGUAGGGUUGAACUCUGAAUACCAUGCCUCAGGUGUGAGUAGUUCUGUUCUUAAGGUGCCUCAUUAUAAGAUGAUCGCUUCUUGAAGGUCAAGAGUGUGGCCAAUUUAUUCAUUAUGAGUUGCAAACUGCGAGUUCGAGUCUAGUUUCCGAGUUGCCAGUUUGUGCUCAUGAAGGGGGUCUACGAUUUUCGUCUAGCUUCCCCGGCAUAGUUGCAGGCCUCACCGUUGCAACAUAUUUGGUAUACAUCUGCCAACGUUUUGGUAUAUGGCAGCCUGCUCCUAGGUAGCAUCACACGGAGGCAAAUUGUUGCCCGAGGUCGAUGGGCUAUGCCUACUCUGGCGGAUUGUAACAGUCGAGAAGUCUCCCGACGACUCCUUUCAUGUAGGAAAUGGUCCUCUAGACUUCGGAUUGCUUCCGUCUCCGCCCUCAGGGACCUGUUAUUUGAAUACCUGACCCUAAUAAUGGAUCUGCCACCGAUAUUCCAGCGAAGUUUUCUAAAAUCGUCUUCUUCGAGGGCUUGCCUAUUGACUGUACGAAAUCCUGUACAAUGUGCAGUAGGUGAGGGCACACCGUACUACUAGACGGCAGUAAUCUUUCAGCCGCAUUUGGAGAAGGACGUUAAAACUCGUCCUUUGCGUUGUCAAACGGGGCAGUAUUUGAGGUCACAUGGAAUGCAGGUGCGGAUUAUAACGUUAUUUCUGACGGCGGAAAUAUGCUCCUCUUAGCUAACGCAUAACACUUUGCAAGUAUUGCCUCCUUCCAAGUCCACUGCAUAACAAGGCUCUGAUAAAUGGUAAUUGCCCAAAAAUCGGAAAACUUAUUUUCCAAAGUCGAUUUUUUGCAGAAUGUUUUCAAGUGUCCGGACCGACUUCCUUGACCUCAAGGCUUUUGUCUUAUCAGCUAGUUAUGCUUGAAUGAACACGGUCUUACUUUUCAUGGUCGCUUUUACUCGCCGUUCAUUUCACAAGCCUCCACAAUCUUGGCCUGCAUUCUAUGGCCAUUGUCAUACUUCGGUGCCGGCACUACCGAGUUAGUCUGUCAUAUUAUCUGGUGUCUAAUUUUGCACAUAUUUUAACUGAUCCUCGAGUCUAUUUACUUUUUUUAUGUACGCACACUAAACCUGCGUUUAGAAUGCUGCCUCAUUUUUAUUUCAAAGAAGUUGCCUAGAAUAUCGAAAGCCCCUUUUGCUGUCCCGGAGGACUCCUACAUUACAGAGGACUCCCUGCUAUCAUCUGCACGUCGUCAAAAAUCCACAAGCGAUGCCGACCGUCUAAAAUCGGGAACUGAAUCUACCUCCUCCUUCGAGAAGAGAGCGAACCUUCGGAAAGCCAAGUCAACUGGUGCGGUCAAGACGAAGACGAAACGGUCGACUGUUACCGACAGCUCAUCUACGCAUCACAUGCGUCUCAACAGCAAAGGUGAAAGUGUUGUUCAUCGAGCCGCCAUUAGAAACGAUGUGGACCAAUUGCAGACUCUUCUCUCGUCUGGCCUAUCGGCUAAUGUGCGAGACCACGCCGGUUGGACACCUCUUCAUGAGGCUGCCUUACGUGGACAUACUGAGGUAACUUUUUCUUCCAUUUUUAGUGCGAUCAAGUGGCGCUGAGUUGUCGCCGCCGCCGCCGCCACCACCACCACCACCACCACCACCUAUUUCGGGUAAACAAAAUUCACAAAAACUCGACUUCGAAAACACAAACCGAUAGCGUAGCCUAAUGCACUUUGCCUUAUCCAAACACCAACCGACUGCCUAAUUGUAACUCCAAUGAUAAACCUAGUCGGUCAAAAAUCCAGACACCUAGGAGGGGAGAGAGGAGGAGUUGAUCGCAGCCUCAAUCGCUGCCUUGAUAAAGCCCGCGUACGAUAAUUUCUCUUUUUCAUACCAACUUUUAUUUCUUCCUCUCCACUGUAGGCGGCCAGCUGUCUUCUCAGGGCUGGAGCGUCAGUUGAUCUUCCAGGUGGUCCGGAUUUGGAGACGCCCCUACACGAUGCUGUGACAAAUGCGCAUUUACUCUGUUGCAAACUCUUAUUGAAGCACGGUGCCAAUCCUGAGGCCCCCAACGCCCUGGGAAUAUCUCCUCUGGAUGUUUGUGCUAAUAUGCUGGAGCGCUUAAAGUGCCAAGCAAAGCCUAUGGAGGUGAAACGAGCCAAGUCGGGCACUGUCGUCAAGACCGUCCUCAUGGAUAUUAACAAGGCCCUCCUAGAAGCCAGGGACAGGCGUUCCGCAGGAGUCACCGUCCCGGAGAGUGGCUGUAGAGUCAGCGGUGGGAAACCAUCUACCUCGCCCAGCAGCGCUCUGGCGCCAGUAGAUCCGAUAGCCACGGCUUUAUUUAUUGAAAGGUAAGUGCGCCGCUCAUCCUUAGCAGUACCACUGCCGUUGUCGUCAUUGCGUGGGCAUGCUGCAAUGGUGCACGAUUGUCUAGCUACGGGGUGGAUCUUGCAGGGGCGAUAAGCUACUCCACAGACCCUGACGCAAUUGUGGUGACAAUCCAGAAUGUGCGUUUCCAUUUAGGUAACCUGACGAUUAACCGGCCCAGGGCUAGGACCAGACUGGUCACCCUAGAACUGACACUUUGCAAUGCAUAAAUUAAUUGAAGACGAAGACAGGCUCUCUGGAUAUCUCAACUUUGCCAAUCUGAAUGCAUAAAUUGCUACACUCAACAAAAUCCGCCACCCCGAACAAGGACAGUUGCAUCAAGUUGGUGCAAGUUAUACCUUCUGUAGCAGCCGUCACAGAUAAGAACGCUGUUACGCUGCUGUCGCCUUCGCACUCAGAAAGACUUUGCCAGGAAGUUACUUUUCUCCCCAUGGACUCAGUGACCAUCACAUCUCAGCAAGGCUCACACUCCCCAGAGAGAGGCUCGCCUCGGUUAUAAGCUCCAACAUCCUGUGGAGGAACUGCGCAAGAGUCAGUCUUCCCGUUUGCAAUACCAUCUUUCGGCUUCCCGGUGUCGGGAAGACAACAUCGAUGUACUCGCGAUCCCAUCAAUGGCAGCUGCUAGAAUGUGUCCUAUGAUCGUCCUGAUGGUUUUAUAACAAAUCUGGAGUGUAGUGUCAAAUGCUGGAUCGACUGCCUGCAUGUAUGGAAGAUGAAGCUGUAAAUGCGACCGCGGAGACGACCAUAAGGGAAAAGGGUAUCAGCAAAACUGGACACGGUCUCACUGGAUCCCGCAGAACAUCAGAUGGAACUCUCCAACGAAUUGAUCUCAAGCCUGAUCAACCUUAAAACCUUAGAUGAAUAAGGCACCGGCAAAACCGGCAAAGACUGUAUAAUGCCGUUUGCGUCACUGCUGUGGAAGUCACCAGACCUGCACGCUGUAAACACCAGGACUGUUUUGACUAAUGUGAUGAUGAAAUACAGUGACUGGUAUCCGAAAAAGGUCAAAUCAGCAUGAUUUCUCUGAUCCACAACAGCCCACCUCCCUCUUUUAUCAUCACCAACUGCACUAGGUGCUGCGGGAAAUGCAAAACAACUGGUUGACUACCAAGACAGAUGAAAUCCAAGAAUACACAGAUCAUGCUAAGAUGCCGAGUUUACUCGCGUCCAUUAAGGUAGUCUGCGACCACCAAAACACCGAAGUCAACAAACAUGAUAGCCCUCAAAUUGUAGACAAGCUUCACAAAUGUAUAAGUUGUGACGACAAGAACAGAUUUCAGGGACGCAGUCAUUGCUCAUCUACUCAAACGUAAAGGAAACCGGCAAAAUUUGUGGCAAUCAUCGUGGAAUCCUUGUCCCAAUUCUCGCUCGAAUACAACUCAGUCGCCUGAAUCUGCAUCCGGAGCAAUGGCAUUUACCAGACAGCACAUGUUAAUUUCGAAGGCAUCUCGGAGUCAAAUACAGUGAGAACGUCAGGAAAUUAUAAUUAGUUUAUAUGCAACCGUCAGGAAUCACACCGUAACUCAAGAUGAUCCCUGAAGGGUAAUGGGUGAAUUUGAAUGUCCCGAGCGGUUCACGAUAAUGAUCAGGCGUUUUGACGAUGGAACUUAUGACGAAGAAUGAACCCACGUAGGAGGUCUUCAAGCUGACAAACGGAACGAGGCAAGCCUGUGUCCCUGUCAGGCCAUCUUCGACCAAAUGCUCUCCUAAACUUUGAUCGACGCCUACCAAGAGGAUCGACUGGACAUCGUCACAAGCUCUUAAACCAAUGGGAAACUGUCUAACAUCCGCAGUACGAAGGCUGUCACAAAAAGUCCCAAGACGAGAAUACACGACUUGCUAUUUGCCGAUGACUAUGCAUUAAAUAUCACAACUGGUGCGGACAUCCACUAAAGUCUGGGCCUGUUUCCACCUGAUGCCUCACCCUUGCACUAGUCAUAAACACACAAAACGGUUAUCAUGCGCCGUCCAGUAGCAACUGUCAAAUACACUGGACUCACGAUAACUGUCAAUAGUAAUUAAAGCGGUAGAUCAGUUCUCUGACCUGGGCAGCACCAUCUUACGAACCAUGGGGAUCGACGACGAGGGUGCAACUAAAUCAGAUCAGGUCUUCGGCAGCCGGAAGUCUCCGCGACAUUAUCCUCGACGCAAAACUCGGGAUGCGCAAGGCUGUCAUCCUGACAACACCACUCUUCGCCUAGGAGAUCCUGACAUUAUACCAAAGCCAGGCGAGAAAGCCCGACCAAUUCCGUCUAGUUCAUCUCUAAAGGAUAUUAGAGGUGACUUUGUGUAGUCAACCAUACGUUGAUGUUAGCCAAUUUCGACAAUCUCGGAUAACUUGCUAUGCUUGCUUACACGCGACAGGCAGAGGCUCUCUGUCCUCCCCUCCAGUCGACUGACAGGAUGUGGCAUGCUGCUGGUGCUGGACUUCAUCCUUGCGGCAAAUCUGUGCAUUUUUCACGACAAUCAAUCUGGCGCGCGUGAAUGUAUCUCAAGGUGCUAGCGGUUGUCUUGGCUUCGAGAAUUACCAACUGGUGGAGCAACUCGGUGCCCUUUAGGAUUGAGGAUCAGGCCUCACUGACUCCUUAUAAUUGUGAUCAUUUUAGCACUUUCAUUUACGCCAGGCCCGAGAUCUCUGUGAGACAUGAUACGUGUAAACUUAGGCACCGGGUCACCUAGGACAUCCGUGGAAGAACUGCUUAGAUCUGUCAGCCAUCGCGUCCGCGUUCGCUUCUGGCAGUCUUAUCUGUUUAGAUAAAAUGUACUCAUUGACAUUCAAUAACCUGUUAUGUUAAGUUUGUUAAUCGUGGGUCGUACCGUUUAUUCGGACGGUAAACAUGCAUGGCUUUUGAUGUUAACUGGUUCUUGAACCCCGUUUCCCGUGGUCGCCACGUGAAACUUCGAGCGGCGAUGCAGACAAUUCGCGUGACAAUCAACUCGAUCGCAGGAUAUGGUUGAACUAUUUGAUUAUCUGACAGGGAGCUCGAACUCUGCCAUUCUGACGGGUAGGAAGGGCUGCCUUAUUUGCCUUACUAGUUGGUCUAUAUCUUCUUUUCUCACGUACCUCACGUUUGAACAGUCUACUCAACCAAGCUGUUCCACAUUUAACUUAGCAUUCCUAUUAGGAUGGCUAUCAACGCUCGGAGCCUUUUCUUCUGUACGGCCAGUUUUCUGUAGUCUCAUUUUAGAUCUUUUUUUAUCCAGCCAGUCUUAUUCCCUCCGUUUUUCCUCUGGCUUCUGUUAAAGGCGCCGGCUUCGACCUGUCCUUCUUGGGACCGGAUUGAGUAGAAUUCAACGCACGCAGUUCGUUCGCGUGGCCUCAUUACUACACGCUCGCGUCGCCACAGAGAUGUCACCGGAGGUCACGCACCUAAUCACGGGGGCAACGCUAAGUCCACAGUCCGACAAGCAGAAGAAGAAACCAUCCAAGUAUAAGGACAACGUAUAUCCCAAUGAGUCUAACUGCCCGCGAACACUGAAGUUUUUGUCUGCCGUUUUGCAGGUUUGUGUUUCCUCUCCUCUCUGAACAAUUUUCCUUGCUUGCUCUACUUGUUUUUUUUGCAACUCUGCAGGCUCAUGUUUCUCCUUUUAUUAGUUCCCUCCCAAACCGACAGCAUGCUCUCGAGCACACGACCGUAGGUAAAACGUUCCUGUGCGUACCGGAAUUCAUAUCAGGUCCUCGGGCCUACCAGAUGGGUUACCAUAGAACUUGUAGCGGCCAAGCGGUGAUGGUGUACGCUCAGUACGCCACAACUUCAGGCCAUAUCCCAAUUUGUUAGAAGCAGGACGCCAUUUGGUUAGAACACUUUAUUCUGUACAGAAUAGUGAAGGGGAAAGUUGGCAACCGGACGAGGAUGCGUCCGGCGCCGCGAAGGCGGCGUCCGCGAGAGCGACGAGCCCUUUGUCGCCGAAGGUCGCCGCUGCAAAAGUGUCGCUGCAGAUUGUUUACUCUAUUGUUCUGAACUGUCCCCGCCUGUCUUACCAAUCAACGAUGGGAGUUGCGUUGAUUGGCUCCGAGCCCACGCGAAGGUAGUGAAAAGCCUCGCUUGCUGCAGGCAGAGAAUCGACCGAAUGCGUGGUGCAGACAGUGAAUUGCAACGAGACAAAUCGAAGCCGGGCAGACGUGCGUGCCAUAGCAGGCUGUCGCUAGGACGUAGGUGCAGGCGCUAGCGAGAGGCGCGACGUAGCCAUGAUGGCUGUCCACUACAAACUUAACGGAAGUGUUAUGUUGACUAUCCUUUUUAGUUCUGCGCUAUUGUUAAAGAUGUCUGUUGGAUCUGGUUCACGUUUUCAUCGACACCGACGUCCUGCAUGAAUCGGGCUAAAAUGCAAUAGCAAGUACAUACAUCCACUAGUAGCCCUAUCGAUUGCUCGUAGGUCACUCGUUUCAUCACAUGACCUAGUGUUUGUUAGUUACUUAUGUUGCAUAUUUAAUUCUUUUUCACGAUCCUGUUUCCACUGACUUCAUAAAUGCUUCUUACUAAAUCUUAAGUGAAUAGUCACGUAGUCUCAAGUUUGCUCGGAAACUAUACACUUCUCGUUUUAGGGUACUUUUGCGACCCUCUGAGGUACUUAACUCCAUUCUCCCUGACCCACGUUGCAAGGCCAUACUCCAAGUGUUCUAGUAGUGGCGCAGAUCGAAUUAAUAAAAACGUUCUCCUUACCUUCUGUUAAAAUUUACUGUGACGGAUUAGCCUGUCGCGACACUAGCCGCCAUCCUUUUCCUAUAGUGGCUUUCUGGUAAGACCGGAAAUGCCACAUGGAUGACAAGACCGUUUUUCUCCAUUUCUAGGCCUUCUUUCUUGACUCGGAUAAUAUAACAAGUAGAGCGUAUCAAGUUGCAUGAUCUUCCUGAAUUUUCUUCCCGUAUGAUCCACUUUAAUAUGUCUACGGCGUUCUGUUAGAUGUAUACUGUUUAUGCCAUCUCGAGUUUCCGCUUCAGUGGAUGUCAGCCCUACUGUAGUUUUAUAUCAACUUUUAGUUCCUCAUAAUCUGUUAUUGGUAUUACUGUUUGGUAGCAGAUCGUUUAUGUGCUCGGCAGUAGUCCAGGCAGACGUUAGUAUAGUUGCUAGUAGGGAAGUCCGACCAGAGGGCAGGGACUAUACCUCUCCUGGCCCUCAGGUUAAUCCGUAGCUCACCAUGCUGUGUUCAUGCGGUGGGCUUGGUGUAGACAUUGUUUCCUGUCGCACCUGGAUCGAAAGGUGGACGUUUCCAUUCAGAUGCCAGGGUUUUACUGGAUAACAAGUAAGGCAUUACUGAAUGGCGGACGUUUACCGCGUCAUAAUACUUCCACAUACUCUAUCUGCCGUAUUUGUGCCCAGCCGCGCCUACAUGACCCGGCACGAACAUACUUAUUUCUCGGCUAAACCUCCCAAGACCGUUCCUCAAUCUGCCACCUAUGGUCCUAUCACGUGGUCCACGGUUAGGCUGACAAGCAGGCCCGCCUAUCCGUAUCUUUCGUUGGUCCGUGAUCUGGUCCUCACCCACACAUAAAGCCGUAAUGAAAAUCCUUGUCAUGCAAUUAAACAGGAUUAAAUUAGAAGUACCAACACGAUUCGUUGGUUGAUGGCUCCAUACAACUUUUCGAACCCGACAUAUUCAUUACCUUGUAUGAUUUCUACCUAUCCUACCUCUGAAUAAGACAUUGUGCGGCAGCAGGUGUCGUAACGAUCCAGAGUUUAACAAUUUGUAGAUAAUAAUUGAGACGACCUUCGUCCACACCCCCUUUUGGUUUCAGGGCUGUUGGGUAUUAGCAUUCGACUGGAUUGAGACCUGUUCGUUCGUCAAAUCGCGUGUGGAAGAGGAGGGCUUUGAACUGCCUGGCUGCAGUACGGCUCCCACUACCUAUGCUCCGCGGAAGGCUCGUCAGGCUCGGGAGGCGGGCUCGGCCGGUCUCUUUCAUGGGUUUCGCCUGUGUUUCCUGGUAAGUUUUCGUCCCAAGUUCGCUAUGUGCAUUUGUCACCGAAAAUUUUUGUUCAACAGGAGUAUCUGAAUUUUAAAAAAAAUACUGUACAAGUUCUUUGUAUCCCAGCUUGGUCGAACACUUUCAACGGGAGAUUAUGGGGGUGGGAAACUUGCACAGAAAAAAGACGCAUGUCUUCAGAUGGAAUGGAGCCGAUGAACACUAAAAAUAUCCUUCUCAGUUGCUGUGAUCUACAAUCCUCCCGGGGUUUUGAAGCACUUUCAAAAAAUGUAUAUAUGCAUGUCUCAAGUACUUUUUGGAAUCAUCACUACGACUACUAGUGCUCCGUAGGGUACAAAGAGUAAAUUUCCGCAACCCGUCCCAAAGCGAAACAAGUGUUGGCUAGGGCAAAUGAGACGCCGUCGCAGAAUACCUGGGAUUAUCGGUGGGCCGGUUUCAUACUCUGACCGUCCGGACUUCUAUGAUGGUGAGGAUCCACCAACGUUCAGUUUCUUUAUGGUUUCCCCGCGUGUUCGUGUUAAGUGAAUCACUGUGACUGUUAAAUGUUAGUUAGGUGUCCGCAUUUGGGGCUGUUGUAGCUGACUUUUCCGAUUUUUUUGAUUUUUCGUCGACGCCGUUUCAGCAAGUUAGUCACAAGGUAUUGUGUGGGAGGCUGUUUUUCUGAUCUUUUGAAUGGAGUCUCUUGCCAAGUAAGCUGCUUGAUAUUUGGCCUUUUGCACUGGAGCAUAAACCAGCACAGAAGUACGUCGUGUCACAGUAAGAACAAGCAUUUUCUUUCUUACUCUCGGGCUAUUAUGGUCUUUCUGACCCAUCCUUACCUGUCAGGGCACCUUCGUAUAUCCAACCCCCACUCGCGGAGACCUCGUCACCUUGGCUCAGGCUGGUGGCGCAACCGUAUUCAGUCGUGACAUAUCCUCACCCCGGCGUCUGGCCAGCCUGACAGUUGAGGAACCUACCAGCGACUGGGUGCUGGCAGAAGCAAAUGCAGACGCGGUCGCGUUUUCCACCACAGAGUGUACUGUGCAUCCCUCCCAGCUUCUCGCCAUCUACGACCCUCGGGCUAAUGACGGUUCCAGUACCACCGCCUCUCCCACAACCAUGGAAAAUCUCCCACCAGACCGUUUAGUUGCCGCCGCUCUGGCCCUCCUUCAAUCCAAGAAAGAAGUGCUGUCGCGCUCAGGGGAGCCGCCGCCGAUCGCCCCCAUCCGUCUUCUCCCAGCCACCUGGAUCAUGGACUGCGUUGCUGACUACAGCAUUCUACCGGCUCCCACCAAUCCUCUCUCAGUCUAG